UGCCGGGCGGGAUUUCCGCAAAUUAACAAGUAUGGCGAAAACGUACGAUUAUUUGUUUAAACUGCUGUUGAUUGGAGAUUCGGGAGUCGGGAAGACCUGUGUGUUGUUCAGAUUCUCAGAAGAUGCCUUUAACUCCACUUUUAUAUCAACAAUAGGUAUUGAUUUCAAGAUUAGGACAAUAGAGUUAGAUGGAAAGAAGAUCAAGUUACAGAUAUGGGACACAGCAGGACAGGAGAGGUUCCGAACAAUCACGACGGCAUAUUACAGAGGAGCUAUGGGCAUUAUGCUGGUAUAUGACAUCACCAAUGAGAAAUCCUUUGACAACAUCAAGAACUGGAUCAGAAACAUAGAAGAGCAUGCAUCAGCAGAUGUUGAGAAGAUGAUUUUGGGGAACAAAUGUGACAUCAAUGACAAGCGACAAGUAUCCAAAGAGAGAGGGGAAAAGUUGGCGUUAGAGUAUGGCAUCAAGUUCAUGGAGACGAGUGCGAAGGCGAACAUCAACGUGGAGAACGCAUUCUUAACACUCGCCAGAGACAUCAAAGCAAAGAUGGAUACGAAACUGGAGGGCAACAAUCCACAGGGCAGCAGUCACGGAGUGAAGAUCACCACUGAGCAACAGAAAAAGAGCAGUUUCUUCCGCUGUGUUCUACUGUGAAGACAAAGGCCUUACCGUCCACCAUUCCUGGGGCUGGACUCAACUGGACUGUGCUCCUGAUUUUAGCACUUCUAUUUCUCUCUACCCUUCCUCCCUGGAUCUCUCUCUCUCUCUCUCUUUUACUUUCUCUUUACUCUUGCUUUUUUCUGCAUUAAUCUUCAUCCAGCCCUGACACAGUUGGGAUCAGCUCUGCUCCUCUAAUCUGCUUCCACUGAAUCACUGGCGACACCGUCUCUUCCAGUUUUUUUUCCUGAUGAAGCCAUGCUCGUUGUUUUUCCACUUAAGGUUCAAGAGCAAAGUGGGAAACGUGUCCGAGUUGCAGCAAUAAUUACUUGCACCUCUUAAAGGGUUUUGAUAAGUGCACCGCUGCCAAAAUCCAUUUGAUCUGACAUGUUGAGCCAGUUAUUCACAAUCAUUCCUUUUGUAUUCUCUCAUUUCACGGACAAAUAUCAAAUAUUUUAUUUUGUUCAUCGCUUUGCUGCUUUGUUUGUUUUGGGGUUUUUUCUUUUUUGCUCUCCUCACAACUCGCCCUUGUCGUGUCGAUAGUCUUUGGUUACUGUCUGUGGAGUUUGGCAUGUUUACCCUGUGACCUGUGGGCAUUUUAUUUUUCUUCCAUUUCCAAGAGAACAUGCCACUAGUUGGAUUGGCUACUCUAAAUUGCCCUCGGGAUAUAAGUAAGUGUGUGAUUCUUUAAAGCACUGGCACCUGGUCCAGUUCCUGCCCCAUUGCUUACUAGAAAGGGUUUCACAUUUACUGUGACCCUGACCAAUGAAUAAGUUCAUGUUUUGAUUUAUUUUCUGGACGGCAUUUUAAUAUCGUCAUGUUGACAGAGUGGACCCUAGCUUUUCUCUCGAUUGACCAAUCCUGAGUCACAGCCACUUGUGUCUGGUUUAUUCAUUUACAAAGCUUUCGGAUGAUCUGGUGGAUGUGCAGAGGGGGCAAGACAAAAAGGAAAAGUGUGGAAAGUGUGUGGUGGAGCUUUGACAGGUCUGUACUCUGACAAAUUCCAUACUGAACUGGGAACUGGACCCACUGCAACCCUGACUGUGCCUAAACAGUUAGUAACAAUAAAUAAGUAUACAUAGUUUACAGUAUGUACUUAAGGUUGCUGCCUCUGUUUGCAUAGAAAGCUGUCCGAUUAGUGAAAUGCUACCAAAUCGUAUGUGCAUUUUUCAGUAGUGAGGUGGUAAUGUCAUUCCAUUUUAAAUAAAUAAGUAAUAAGGAGAUUUUUAUCGUAUGAGUAUCAGGACAACACUGAUAAAAACUGAUAGAUACAUAUUUUCCUAACAUAAACUUUUUAAGUAAUCCAUAUUAUAUAUAUUUUUCAGUCCCUUUAAAAAAACGAAAGUGAAGUGUUUCUAACAAGUUAGUGUUUAAUGGAUCAUGGUUUUUCUAACUUUAUCUCCAUGGUUUUUUUUUGUAAACAGUCAAUGUAACACUGAACACCUCUUUAGUGUUUACUGCUCCCACAAACUCCCACCCCUGUUUAUAACCAUUAAUUUAGCUGGCUGUUAGAGGCAUUUCUAAAAAAAAAUUAACCAGACUUACAUUUAUCCAGCGUCAUGUCUGGUUUUAAAAACCGGGAUUGUCCUGCAUUUCCUACCGCCUAUUUCUUGCCGGCUCUAAGCUGAAAACUACUAGAAAUUUAAAAAAGAAAGAAGGUAAAAUGCUCCAGGCCGUCCAACCCAGGAAUAAAUGAAGUCUAAACGUUAUCUUCAUAUAGUCUUUUCCUGGUUUGGACUGUAGGUGGCAUUAUGUACGCAACAAGAUCUGUCAGUGCUGCUGCGCUCACUCGGGUGCGAAUAGAUUAGAUUCACAUGAAUGGAUCUGUAAUCUGAUGAGAGAACUGAUCCACUGCGCGGUGCUCAGAACCAUUAUUGUUCUUCCAUUGGCUUGAUCAAGUCAUGUAAUCAAGGUAUACUAUAUGAGUCCAUGAGUUGGUGCUGCAUAGCAACAUUGGUCCUGGUGAUCUGGGUUUAAGCCUUACCUCCAGUUGCUGUGAGAUGGUUGAGGUACUCUGGUUUCCACCCACAUCCUAAAAUAUGUAGAAGGUGGGUUGGCUGCUCUAUGUUUCCCUUGGGUGUGAGUGCAUUUGAAGGGGUUUAAUGUAAAGGAAUGGUUGGAAAAUUAUUCUGUGUUGGGGCUCUACAAGCAGCUUUUUUGUCAUUUUGCGGAAAAAAACACUUGCUUUUACCCAAAGAAUCCUGAGCUUGUCUGUGUCUCCAUAUCAUGCCAGUCCAACCUCCAGCCCACGUCCAUGACACCCUGUUCCCUCUGCCCUUUGAUCUUCAACCAUUUGUCUUAAUUACUAAUACUUGAUCUGUCAUUUUAGAUCUAUGCAUCAUGAAGUUGACAUUUUUGACCUCUAUACGUAUUUCUGCAUAUUUUUCUCGACGACUGCAGUAGUGUGUUUUUUUGUCGUUUUUUUAUAUAUAUAUAUUUCUAAAAAACAUUCCCAUAAUUUGUCCUGCCUCUCCCCUGUAUUGCUUUCCUGUUUUCUUUUGUGCAAUCUGGGCUCUUUAAUAAGAGACGUGUAAAGACUGUAUUGGGUGAGAAAUUUCACCAGUCCUGAGUGCAUUUGCUUUGUUAACCUGUAAUGCAGUAGAUGAUCUGGCCUUGCGUACAGACGACUCGUCUAAUAAUUCAAUCCAGUGUUGGUUUUCCACUCUGUAUUUUCACACUCCGGAGGGCACCUUGAUUCUUUACUGAAAGUUGAGUGCCUUCUCUCGAGUCAGAAUUAUGUGGAUUGGAAAACAUUUUUAAAAGUAGGAUGUGAUAGAGGCUGUCAGUGCUUCCUUAAGUUCCAUCAGUUUUGCAAGCUGCAUUUAUUCCCUUAAUGUUGCUCCAAGCAGCAGAUCAGUCCUGAUCUUGUGUUGAAAUUGCUGUCAUGGAUAUCAUUUCCAGUUCUUUUUAUUCCCACGUUCAUGUAAUUGUCAUUUGCGAGGUGAUUAGGUAGAAGAAGGUUGUUACAUUUUGAAAAAAGAAAAAAAAAACUAAAGAAAAAAGGAACAAUUGUAAAUAACACUCUAAACAGAUCUACUUAAAUUGUACUGUACUUUCUAAAAAUCAUAUUGAAAAAAGUCUACAAUUUUGUAGAUUUAUUAAAAUAAGAUUCUUUUAA